AUGGCGGACUGGAACAGAAACAUUCUACGGUCAUCCCCCCUCGGUCACAGCUCUGUGGAGGACAUGCUGGAUGCCGAGAACAAACGGAUGACAGAAAACCUGGCUGCUAAAGUAUCCAGACUAAAAUCUUUGGCUUAUGACAUCGACCAGGAUGUGGAAGAUCAAAAUGAGUAUUUAGAUGGCAUGGACUCAAACUUCAUGAGUGCCACUGGACUUCUAACUGGGAGCGUGAAGCGUUUUUCGACGAUGGUUCGCUCGAGCCGGGACAAUCGGCGCCUCCUCUGCUACAUCUCCAUCGGACUGGUUGUAGUGUUCUUCAUACUUUAUUACAUAGUCAUAAGAAUUCAGCGCUGA